CAGACCACUAACAAGCAGGUGAAAGGACAUGAGGGAAUACAGCUGGAACAGUUUCAAGGACUUAAUUUUCAGAAAUCCUGCUGUUGUCGACCAGGAUCCACAUGUGGAUGAUGGCGAUGAGAACGCUGAGCGCGGGAACUGGGCCAGCAAGAGGGAGUACAUCCUCUCUACCAUCGGCUAUGCUGUUGGACUGGGAAAUAUCUGGAGAUUUCCAUAUUUGGCCUACAAGAACGGAGGGGGUGCCUUUCUUAUCCCCUACUUUGUGAUGUUGGUGGUGACUGGAAUUCCUCUUUUCUUCCUGGAAAGCGCCUUCGGUCAGUUUUGCAGCCAAGGUCCAAUUAACGUAUGGAGAGCAGUACCGUUACUGCAGGGUGUUGGCAUUGCCAUGCUUAUGGUGACUCUCAUAGUAUCGAUUUACUAUAAUGUAAUCAUCGCCUACAGCUUGUACUACAUGUUCGCGUCCUUCCAGUCUCCUCUGCCAUGGUCCGGCUGCUUCAGUUGGGCUGACAGUAACUGCAGCGACACACCUACAGUGUACUGUAAUGUAAGUGGCGCUGUAGUGUCUAACUGGACUCUGGAAAACAGCACUUGUCCUUCAUCCAACAUCAUCACAGUUCCAAUGCAGAGCCCGAGUGAGCAGUACUGGGAUCGCGUGGCCCUGCAGAGGUCCAGUGGUCUGGAUGAAACAGGACCAGUAGUUUGGCACUUGGCCCUCUGUCUGCUGCUGAGCACCAUGUUAACUGCUGCAGCGCUCAUCAGAGGCAUCAAGUCAUCAGGCAAAGUUGUGUAUUUCACAGCUACAUUUCCUUAUGUGGUGAUUGUGAUCCUGCUGAUCAGAGGUCUGACACUGGAGGGAGCUAGAGAUGGGAUAGAGUUCUACAUUGGUUCCCAAUCCAAUUUGACUAAACUGACAGAAGCACAGGUCUGGAAAGACGCAGCGACUCAGACCUUCUACUCUCUCUCAAUUGGCUGGGGUGGAGUCAUGACGCUCGCUUCCUAUAACAACUUCCACAACAACGUGUUCAGGGACUCGUUUGUUGUAACACUCACUAACGCUGGAACCAGUGUCUUUGCAGGCUUUGCCAUAUUUUCAAUCUUGGGUCACAUGGCACACAUCUACAAAAUGCCAGUUGGAAAAGUGGUGAAGGAAGGAUUUGGCUUGGCAUUCAUUGCAUAUCCAGACGCUCUGUCUAAGCUUCCUAUUUCCCCUCUGUGGUCCACUUUGUUCUUCUUCAUGCUUCUGACUGUUGGUCUGGACUCCCAGUUUGCAGGAAUAGAGGUGAUCACUACCUGCCUGCAGGAUGGCUUCCCUAAACUCUUCAGAUCCAAACAUGGUUUACUGACAAUAGCAACGUGUUCCAUCCUCUACCUCCUGGGCCUGCCAUGUGUUACAAGGGCAGGAAUAUACUGGGUGACUCUCAUCGACCAGUUUGUUGCCAGCUGGGUGCUGCUUAUUUUGGUUCUCCUGGAGAUCGCUGGCAUCUGCUACAUAUACGGUGGGAACCGUUUUAUUAAAGACAUUGAGAUGAUGCUCGGAAAUAAGAGCUUUGUUUUCUGGUUGUGGUGGCGAGUGUGUUGGUUCUUCCUCAGCCCCUGCAUCAUAGUGGCUAUCCUGGUCUGGUCUCUGAUGACUUUUACGCCACCCUCUUAUGGAGCAGUCAAGUUCCCAGACUGGGGUGUGGCUCUGGGCUGGUCCAUGGCUGUUUUUAUCCUCCUAUGUAUCCCUGUAACCGCUUUGUAUAAGCUGAUGAGAGCAGAGGGAACCGCCUGGAAGCGUCUGAAGUCACUGUGCUCUCCAUCUGAAGAAUGGCAUCCCUACCUGGACAUCCACCGAGGGGAGCGCUACUCAGCAGAACACUGCCGUCACAGGAGGAACCCUAAACACACCCCAGAAGUAGAUGUAAAUGUAAUCACUAGCUCGUGGCUCUGAUAUUAGUUUUUGUGUGUCAGUCUGUAAUUUAUUCUCCCUUUAGUGAAGUGCUCAAAGACUUCAGGGAGUGACUCAAAUACGCACAGCAGAUUUUACCCAAUACUGCAGCAGAAAAAAAGAGAAACACUGGCAUUUCAUUGCAGGCGUCUUCCUGUUUAAACGUCCUUUUCUGCUGAAUGUCAAAGCCAACAUGCAUUUCUGUUUUAGCUGGUGCUUUGUUGACUACCUUCAGGGGGACAUUUCUGGGUCUCUUUGACUAUAUUCAUCAGCCAUAUUUUCACCUCCUGUCCACCAUUUUCUGCUGUGGCAGGCAGCUUGCAACAAGCUUGUGUGAGGUGUUUACAAUAAAUGGGACAAAGCCAUUCAGGCCCUCGACCACACAGACCAAUGACCGAAGACAAUUAUAUAAAAGUGGCUGAAAGCUACUCAGGACAAUGAUAAUAAUGACAAUAAUGCUUUCUUAUUAAAGGAAAUCAUCUUAUUCCACGUAGAUAUCACAAAUAUUACUCACUGGGGCUUUAGAAUCAGGUAGUGUUUGUUGUUUUGUCGAUGAUCCAUGGACUUAUUUAUCUGACCAUUUUUCAUCAAAAAUGUUUAAUCCUCAAUCGUUAGUGUUUAUGUGUCAGUAAUGAUUCUUGUCUUUCCUGUCAGUUAACCACUGUACAUACUCUGUUCCUCAUCACUGAUAUGCUGCAAUAAACGACUUUAAUCUGCA